AUGAACGGUGGUGGUAAUGAUAAUUUUGACUAUCUCCUUCAAUUGACAAAAGCUUUAACGACAGAGUGCCGAGUGAAUAGGCAAGAGACUGAUCGAAUAGAGUUACUACUAAAGCGCCUUGCCAAACAAUCAGGGAUUUCUUACGAUAGAUUGAGUAAGAAUGUAACUCCGGACUCCUGGAAAGAUAAUAGAUCCCAGAUGGCAUCACCUCCUAAUGAGGCCCAACAAUUCAUUACCGAGAAUUUCAAAUUAAUAUACGAAAUUGAAAAGCAAGAGUACUUCAAUACUAAGGUUCUUGCACUAAUAAGCAAUAUAAAUGAACAUUUUUCAUACAUAAAAAACUUCAUUGACGAACAAAAUGCAAUAAAAGGACGAGAUAUUGUCACUUUUACAUCAGAGAAACUUGAUAAAAGGAAUAGAAAUCUUCAACAAAACUAUAAGUUAUUGAAGACAGAAAACGAAGAGACAAGCAAAAAAAUAAAGGCAAUUAUUGAACAGUUUGAAGCACUUUUGGGCGAGGUUAAUUGGGAGUGUAUACCUAAAGAUUCCAGAGAUUAUAUCCGCUUUCAAAAACAGUUAGAGUAUCUGCAAGACGUAUACCAGAUACUAAAAUAG